AUGGUGAAGAAGAUGACUUAUUCGGGUGUGAAGAUAGCCAUGAGAAGGUUAGUUUGUACUGAUUUGCAUGGUUUAUUGGAUAAAUCAUUAGAGAAAAUCAAUAUUUGGGGAAACAAGUUUCUGUCUUUGCAAGGAAGGAUAACUCUUAUUAAAUCUGUUAUAUCAGCUUUUCCAAUCUUUCAAUUGACUCAUGCUCUUGUUCCUAAAAGCAUUCUUGCUGAUAUUGAUAAAUUGUGUUGGACAUUUAUUUGGCAUAUACAAGAUGGUAAAGAAGGUAUUCAUUAUGUUAAUUGGGAAGUUUUGUGUAAACCAAUUGAAUUUGGCGGGAGAGGUAUUCAUUCUUGUUCAAAAUAUGUUGGCCCGAAAAGAGCUAAGCUGACUUGGAAUUAUUUGAAUGAUAAAGAUUGUUUGCUGCGUAAAAUUCUAUCUUUAAAAUAUGGAUUGACUACUUCAAAUUCUGUUAAAAAGAAAUCUACUGCUUGGAAAAUUAUUACAGAUGGUGCCAAAGCUCUUGAUAAGAUUACAAGAUGGUGA